CAUUUACAGGCCCUUUCACUCAUAUUCGAUCAAAGCGUUUUCAGUUGGAAUUCACAUCUACCAGAUCGUUUUCCGGUUGGAAUUGGAGUGAUUGAUUCUGAUGGAGCAAUGUCAAUCCAAAAUCUAUCAGGUAAUUGCAAAACUCUUAGAUGGUAAAUCAAGAACCCUAAAUUUCGAAACCCCAAGAAUCCCAGUUUCAUCAAUCAAAGUACAAAUCCAAAAUCUUACAUCGAUCCCGGUACAUUAUCAACUCCUCUUAUCCAACGGCAAAACACUUUUCGACGAUGGCGUAUUGUACCACGGGAAUUCUUCACCAUCAACGGUGCACCUCCUGCUUCGUCUCCGUGGAGGUAAGGGUGGGUUUGGGUCGUUACUUCGUGGAGCGGCGACGAAAGCUGGUCAGAAGAAGAUGAAUAACUUCGAUGCGUGUCGGGAUAUGAGUGGUCGGAGGCUAAGGCACGUGAACGCGGAGAAGAAGAUGGAGGAAUGGUUGGCUGAAGAGAAAGAGCGGAAGCUUGAGAAGGUGGCGGAGGAAUUCAUUAAAAAGAAAGUUAAGACGGUGAAAAAGGCCGGCGGUGGCGAUGGGGCGGAGAAGUAUGUGGAGAAGUAUCGAAAGGAUUCAGCCAAAUGUAUGGAGGAUGUUGAUAAGUCGGUUAGGGAAUCACUUGCUGGUGGAUUUCGAAAAUCGAAGAGAACGGUUGCGGGGAUAGACGUGGAGGAUGGUAGUGGUUCGAAAUCUAAGAAACUUAAGAUCUGGAUGGGAAAGCGAAAAGUGGAUGACAGUGACAGUGACAGUGAUGAGAUGGAUGAGGAAGAUAGUGACGAUGAGAAUGAGAAAUCGGUGGUUACCAACAAUGAGAACCAAUCAGAUUCCAAUAAGGAAGCAGAUGGGAGUUUAGCAUCUGUUACUGGUGGGAAACUUGAAGGAGAAUCAUCAGUUGGUUGUUCAUCCGAGAGUGCAUCAGAGGAAGAAAAGGAGAGUGUUGCAGAAGGACAAGUGAGAUCCAUUAAAGAUUCAAAUGAUGAACCUCCUCAUCAUGAAGGGGUCGAUGCAUCAAUGAUACAUGAAGAGAGCAUUGUAAAUGAAACAACAGUAUUGGGAGUUGAAUCUGAGAAAUCCACCAAAGCUGAGUUUGGUGACUUGGAAGAAAAAGAGUGUGAACUUCCAAGUGCUUCAAAUGUGCAAAAUGAUGUAGAAGAGAAAAUUUCUGAUUCUAAAUUAGGAGUCUUGGAGAAGCCAAUAAAUUUUGAGGAGUUCAACUCAGCAGUAGAAAUGGAGGUUGUUGGUAUGGAAAGGCUUAAAUCUGAGCUUCAAGAAAGGGGAUUAAAGUGUGGGGGCACCUUGCAAGAACGUGCAGCCAGACUUUUCCUUCUGAAAACCACACCGAUUGAGAGGUUACCAAAGAAGCUGCUUGCUAAAAAGUGAUUCCAGAAUAUGCUCUAUUUCUACUUCUACUUGUACUUUUUUUUAUAGCUUCUUAAUAUUGGAAUGUUUCCUGAUCCUCCUGUUUGUUAUGUUUAUGAAAUGAUGUAUUAAAAGCUUCUUAAUUUAAUAUACACGUGAUAUGCUCAGAAAAAAAUAAAUCUAUAAAUUCCCCUACUUGAUGA